CCAAGUAAGGGAAACAUAAAAACUAAUUCCAAAGACAUGGAAGACCAAAGAGGUGAAGAUCAUCUAUCAUCUUGGGUGUUGGGAAAUUCCAUUGUCAUUCAAAUGUCUCUAAGAGCUGCAAUUGAGCUAGACAUCUUCAAUAUCAUUGCCAAAGCAGGUUCUGAAGCUCAACUUUCUGCAGCUGAGAUUGUUGAGAAGAUCCCAACAACCAAUCUGAAUGCGGCUAUCACUUUGGACCGGAUACUAAGGCUGCUCAGCGUAAACUCUCUCUUGUCAAUGUCACAAAGGCCAUGCCAAAGUGGGGAUGAUGCCACACAUCAAGAAAUGUGUUAUGGCCUAACACAGUUAACUCGUCACUUAGCAACUAAUAAGGACGGAGUUUCCUCGGCUUCGAUGGUGCUCCUUUUCAGUGAAAGAAUGAUGGUUGAACCCCAAUACAUGCUUAAGAACAUGGUGCUUGAACCAGACUGCAAGCCUUUCUACUCAAACUAUGGUGAGAAUUUUUAUGAGUACGCAGCAAAGGAGCCAAAGUUCAAUAAACUAUUCCAAGAAUUUAUGACACAUAGCUCAAAACUAUUCUUGGAUGAAGUACUUAAGGUGUAUCGUGGUUUUGAAGAGAUAAAGGAGUUGUUGGAUGUAGGGGGCGGCAUGGGAACUUCUCUUGGGAACAUAAUUUCAAUGUAUCCCCACAUUCAUGGGAAAAACUUUGACUUACCCAAUGUAAUUAGUGUUGCUCUCAAGCUCUCAGGUGUGGAGCAUGUUGGCGGAAAUAUGUUUGAAUCUUUACCAAAAGCAGAAACAAUUUUAUUGAAGUGGAUACUCCAUAACUGGGAUGAUGAACACUGCAAGAAGUUGUUGAAAAAUUGCUGGGAAGCAUUACCAAUUCAUGGGAAGGUGAUAGCAUUGGAAAUUCUAAUCCCUCAAGUAUUGGGAAACGACUUCGCCUCAGUGAAUGCAAUAAUUGAUGACUUCUACAUGAUGCUCUUGCAUGGGGGCAAGGUGCGAACAAUAGCUGAAUUUGAAGGCCUGGGAAAAGCUGCAGGGUUUGCUGAAAUAAAGACAUUCCCGAUUGGUCAAGGCAUUAACGUUAUUGAAUUUCUUAAAUAUUAAGAAAUCAAUUGAAUAUUAAAUAGUAUUUAUCCCCUCUGGGGCUCGAUGUUGAAAUAAAGUCAUUAUAUGUAUUAUUGAAUCUCCCUUUCAUAAAUAAUAUGUUCUUUCGGUUUUGGUAAGAACUUAAAAAAGAGAGGGAUUUCAAAACUUUCGGUUGAGUAAAAAUGUAUGCAUCAUUAAUUUUCAAGCGA